GCUUUUAGCAAAGUGAAAUAAUUUCCAUUCACUUAAAGUAAAGAAUCCAAUACCCAACCCCUCCUUUUAAAUAUUUUCAACAACAUAUUUUCAUUCUACUCUAAACUAACAUCAGAAAGAUUUUCCUGCAGCUGCCUGUUAAGAACUUUGUAACGUAGCAACAACAAUGGCCAAUGUGGUUGAGCUUAAAGUUGGUUUGCACUGCGACGAAUGCAUCAAGAAAAUCUUGAAGACGAUCAAGAAAAUUGAAGAUAUUGAAACAUAUGAUGUGGAUAAACAACUAAACAAGGUAACAGUAACUGGAAAUGUGACUAAUGAAGAGGUGAUCAAAGUUCUUCACAAGAUCGGGAAACAAGCAAGCAACUGGGAUCAACAAUCAAGUUGCUAAUCGAAUAAGCCCAGAGUGCGCAAUACCAUCUUGCAAUUUUAUAUUAGUAUAUAAUAUGUCCUGAUUUUAUCAAUUUUAUACUACUAAACAAUAUUUUCCAAGUAUUUCUACAUUACAGAACAAUUAGAUCUAA